CUCUUCCAAGGCCUCUCUGCUUCAGCAGGCACUCAUAACUGCAAAGAGUGACAUGGAGCAGAGACCACCCAGCAUGACCAAGCUGGCCUGGGUGGAGGAGGAAGAGGCUGGAGCUCAGACAGCACAGCAGCCUGAAGAACUGGAGCAGUUCCAGCUGCUGCAGGAGGAUGCAGCCGAGGAGCGGACACAAGAGCAGGAAGCCGCCCCUGGCCGCUUUUGCGGAACAGCGCAGGUACCUGUGGCCAUCCCUACCUGGGCUGGGCCUGCUGUCACUGCUCAGCCAAGCACCAGGCUUGGAGUGCUCCAUGGAUGCUCCCUCCCUUCCUGCCCUUCUCCUGCAGACCCUCUGUGACUCCAUCAUGUGCCUUUGGCAGGAAGAGACCGCUGGUGUGGGCACCGGCCUCUUGGCGGACCUUCUGUUCCUCAAUGCUGAGACCGGUGCUGCCAUGCUGGAUUUGCUUGUGGAGGAGGGUGUCUCCGAUCCAACGCAAGUGCCCGCCAUGGUGAGGUACAUCCACCAGUGGCUCACGGCCAAUGAGUCUGCUGGGCACAGGCUGGACGAGGCCCUUCUGGAGCUGACCGAGGAAUACCCCUCGGACGUGAUGAUCACCCUCUUGCGCUGGGCCCCAUCGUGUGACAGAGCUGCCGCGACCAUGUGGGGAACCAUCAUGUCCUCGAGCAGGACUGCGGAGCCGGCGCUGCUGUUACUCCUCGACGCGCUCAGCGCCUGGCCAGUGUACAGCGUGUACACCUCUGAUGGGGACAAUGCAGGAGUCUUUGCCCUGGCUGCAACCGUGGCACUGUGGAGAGUCUUCAAUCUGACCUGGCGCUCCCCUGUCAUGCUGGAGUAUUUCCCCAAUCUCUUUCUGCGUCUGCUCUUCCAAGCUUACAUCAGCACGCAGGAGAUGCCAGAAGAGGUUGAGACUUUCUGGAAGGGAUGCCAGGAGGAACAUGGCCUCGCCGCCAACCCCAACAGGUGCUCCAUGCCAGUCCUCGCAGUCUCCCCAUCCCUCCCAUGCCCCCAGGGCAGGAGCCAGGGCUCCCGACCGUGA